CUUAGUGCUUUUCCCUUGUUAUUUUGGGAAUUUACUCUAUUUUUAUUAUCAUACACCUUUUGGGCAUUUCGGAUGGGCUUCGGCCUGCUAUAUUGUUAAAGCCCGAAACCACACAAAAAACCUAGCAUCAUCAAUUUCAUUCGCUGAUAUCUCACGGCCGAUCGUUCCAACUACUCUGCUGAAGCUCGACCAUGGGUAUCGAUCUGAAAGCUGGGGGCAAAAGCAAGCAAACCAAGCGCACAGCUCCGAAGUCCGAAGAUGUUUACUUGAAACUUCUCGUCAAGCUUUACGAAUUUCUGGUGAGAAGAACCGGAAGCAAGUUCAAUGCUGUGAUUCUGAAGCGUCUGUAUAUGAGCAAGACCAACAAGCCUCCUCUCUCGCUCUCUAGGCUUAUUUCUUUUAUGAAGGAAAAGGAUGACAAGGUUGCUGUUGUAGUCGGCACUAUCACGGAUGACGUAAGAGUGUACGAUGUCCCGGCACUGAAGGUUUGUGCUCUGAGGUUUACCAAGACAGCAAGGGCUAGGAUUGAGAAGUCAGGCGGUGAAUGCUUGACCUUUGAUCAACUAGCUCUCCGCGCUCCUCUGGGGCAGAAUACGGUUCUGCUCAGAGGCCCUAAAAAUUCCCGUGAAGCCGUUAAACACUUUGGCCCAGCCCCAGGUGUUCCCCACAGUCACACCAAGCCUUAUGUCCGGUCCAAGGGCAGGAAAUUUGAGAAGGCGAGAGGCAGAAGAAAUAGCAGAGGAUAUAAGGCUUAACAAGUGUACUUUCACUUUUUAUAUUGAGAGUUUAUUUGUCUGUCAUGUGGUGUUCGAAUUUUUCUAAAUAUUACGUAUCGUGCUGUUGGGAAUUGUCUUUUCAGUCUAGUGUUUGUUUUCUCUUUGCUCUAUCACCAUUCAUUCAAAUGCCCACUCCUUUAUUUAAUUGCUCCUCGUUAAAGUACUUCAAAUUUAAGGGAUAAAAAGUGCUUGCAUUA